CCAGCCAGAGGAGUGGGGGAGAGCUGAAUGCGUCCUUGGGGUGCCGGGGCGGUGCGGAAGACACACACCUCCGCGGUGCCGAUAAAUAGCUCUGUCCGCUGGGUCGCGAUCCAAACGCUUUAUCAAAGGAGACUGCGCUAAACCUGGCUUACAUUUAUACGCACCUUCUGCCUUGGCUGUAGCUGAGAAAAGGAUGAAGAUCGCUGUGAUCAUUGUGUGCUUGCUGGGAACAGUCCUCUCUAACCCAGUUUCCCGGAGAAACGUCCCGGACGCGGCUGGAGAGAGGAUUGGGGCUGAAACUUCGCGGGAGAGUCUACAUGAGACCCACUCGCAGAGCUCGUCCAAACAGCAGUCUAAUGAGCAAAGCAAAGCUUCUGAUUCUACGAGCUCCCAAGACAACACUUCAGAGAAAACGGCCUCAGAUUCGGUCCAAAGCACCUCCGAGGACAAGACAUCGGAAGAGUUGAACGGUUACCUUCGAGAUAAGCAGAGUGAUUCCAACGAGGAUGGGAACACCCGAGACGACAGCCGCGGUAGUCGAGAGUCGUCUCGAAAUCGAUUCUACCGGAUCUUCAGAGUCAAUGCAGGAGGCACGGAGGAUGGCGCCAAUCCCAUGGACACCCAGAAUCAGUCUCCCAGCUCGGAGGACACCGACGAGGACCUAGACUCCAUCGUCAAACCCACGGAGGCUGACAGCGUGGAGAGCGCAGAGGGCAGCGACAGCAAAGCCGAGGGCUACGCCAGCGAUGCGCAGCCCUGUCAGCAGUUCGGCGGCGAAAAUGACGACGACAGCAGAAGCUGCGAAAGCGAUUCCUCCGAGGACAUAGGCGACGACGACCAGAGACGCGCCCACGAUUUGCUGACUUACGAGCACUACUACAAGAGAUAGGCGCAUGCGUGCGGAGACUGUGCUGCUGUACGUCCAUAUGCGCUCAUUCAGGGAAGCAGAUUCAGGGUGUGGGCAUGUGACAGGCGUCAGGGUCAUCAAUCGCAAAGUAUUUGUCAUAUUUGAUCAAAAGUCAGGUCUUUUAAUCAAAAUGGCUGCUGUGUUGAAUAUAUAGUAUUAAGUUUAACGUUGUCGAAACUAACUAGUAUUUUUACUUUUUUAACUGAAAUGCCUUUUAAAUCUUCUUUCACAAUAGACAUGUAAGCAGUAAGGUGCAACCUGUAAAGAUGGUCUUUGAGGUUUCCCAGUGUAGUCUAUAGGCCUAUUUCAUGUUGAAUUAAACAUGCUAUCUUUUAUCAAGGUUUACGUAUUAAGUUUAAUGUAUCUGAAAAGUAAGAGAAACGUACACCGAACAUCGAUCAUGUAGAUAUAGGACUAGGUAUAGGGAUACAAGAGAACUGAAAAAUACUUUAAUUAUAAACGGUGCCCGGCGUAACUAGUGCUACGUCGGAAUGAUAAACAAUAAACAUUACGGUUACGGAAAGUUGGCCUUCUGACCUGGGUUUGUCCCAGGAAGCGAAACUGACACACUCACUAGUAAGCAUUUUUCCCGGUAAAAUCUUUAUGUAUACGAUAAUUCAUGUAGUCAGAUAAACAAAGCACCUUAAUUCCAACUGCCACACCAGUCGCUGGCUACGCCUGCGGGGUGGCAUCUAGAGUGCUUCAGAGGUGGUUGCUGAGCAUGACUGAGCUGUGCUCUGUACCUCCGUGAAGCUUGCAGCCCGUGUAACCGGAAGGGGCUGGUGCCAAAUGUAGCGGAUUGGGUGUCUGUCCAUCCCUGCCAUCUGGAGACUACCCGGGCAUCGUGCAAUCACGGGGAAAUGCAUGCAGACGUUCAUUAACAUGCUUUUGAAGUUUAUCAUCUACUAAUUUCCCAUUAAUGCAAUUCCUUGGAACAGGAGGAGCUAUCUUCUGCACAUUUUUCUUGCCAAUUUCAGGUGUGAAACGUUCUCAUUUCUCACUGAAUGUGCAACUGUGUUACGGUGCUAAUGUGUGGGGAAUUUUGCAUGUUUGCAUGCUCUUGCCCUGUCAUACACACACUUGUGGUGCUUAAAUAUUUGUUUGCAGUGUUUUCAUGACAUAUUUUUUUAAAUGUUUAUGGAAUUAAAGACUGCUUUGUCUAAGUCGCGUGUUUAAUCUUAUCAACCGUUUUUACAUGUUGUAUAAUCCAACAAAUGGGUAUAAUAAAGGUUAAAGUCCA